AUGAGUCUCCUGUCACCUGGCCCGUACCAUAUUCUUAGCUAUGGAACCCUCCUUGGGGCAACCUUCUUCCACACCUUCAUAAACGGCAUCCUAGCCUUCCGCGUCCUCCCCCGCCCCCAAUUCUCAACCCUCAUGUCGCACAUCUUCCCAGUCUACUUCUCCCUGCAAACCGCCCUCCCAGCCCUGCUGAUCCUCACCUACCCGGGCAGUCGCAACCCGUUCGGCAGCGCCAGCGGCGUGGCCGGGGUAUUCUUUGAUCGGGACAACCGAUGGACUGUGUUGGUGCCGUUGGCGGGGGCGUUUUUGAGUAGCGCGGUGAAUUUGGGGGUUGUUGGGCCGGCGACGACGGGGGUUAUGGAGGAGAGGAGGGUGCAGGAAAAGAAAGACGGCAAGAAAUCCUACGAUGCUCCGCCGCACUCGCAGGAGAUGACGGAGCUCAACAAGCGCUUCGGCAUGCUGCAUGGCGUGUCGUCGUUGUUGAACCUUGGGUCGUUCGUCGCCACGGUGGCCUAUGGGUUCACCCUUGCGUCGCGGUUGGCAUGA